AUGUUCGAUCAUCGGGCUCUCCUUAUCCUAUUUUUCAGCUUCACCUUAUCUCUGGCUUCGCCUGUCCCUGCCUGGGGAGAAUAUAAACUUAACACGCAGUACCCACCCUGGCCAUCUCGGCCAUGUGCAGACUUUGGAGCGAGCGCCUGCUUUCACGCCGAGGGCCGCGAGGACCUACUCGUCUCGCGUGGAAUGAGUGUGAGCAGAUGGUGUGUGACCCAGGUACGGAGAUGUGGCUACCGUGUCCGAGCUGUGCAAGCAAUGGCGAAACAAGUGGAUGCUGAGAGUGCAGAUGGAAAUGACGAGCGAGGGCAACACUAG